AUUUUUGUUGUUUUAACUGUUCAGUUAAUAUUAUAACUAAAAUGAUGUUCGAAUAUAAUCAUAGGUGAUAUUGUACCGCCAGAACCAUGAGCUUUGGCGAAAAUAUUUUACGUAAAUACGGUUGGAGUCAAGGUAAAGGUUUAGGGAAAAAAGAAAAUGGAAUCGCAGCUCCUGUCCGUGCUAGUUUUAAGUUUGAUCAAACUGGUAUUGGUUAUGAUACAGCUAAUGCUGAGUCUUACGGUGAUAAAUGGUGGACCCGUACUUACAAUGAUGCAUCUAAUAGAUUAGAUGUUAAAGAAAAAGAUGGAAGUAUAAUUUUUAAAUCAAAGAAAAAAAGAGAAAAAAAGAAGAAAAUAAAAAUCGAGGAGGUCAAAAUGAGUUUUGAACUAUCUGAUGAACAGUUAUUCCAAGCAUGCGGUGGUAUUACUUGUCAUAAAGCGGCUAGACAUGGAUUUAAUAUGAAUGGAAAGUUGGAAAGAUUACGCAAACAAGAUGAACAAUUAUCAGCAACCUUUAAGAAUGUAAAAGAAACUAGUGGAAUAAAUGAUAAAAAUAAUUAAUCAUGA